CUUGUGGUAGCGGCAAACCUCAAAGUAUCCGAAGUGUGAUGCCUCCUUCUUCGCCAUCAAUGGCUUCCACUCUCAGAGCCUACGCCCUCCCUCUCAUUCUCUUCGCCUUCGCCAUGCUCUACCAGCUUCUCCUCAUUCCCAAUUAUUUCCCCCCUUCCCACUACGACGUGCUCAAAAUCGACACCUAUAGUCCGGUCGACAAAGUCAGAGACUCUUACCACACUCUUCAAUCCAAUUGGAAUUCGAGUCCCAAAGUUCCUGAUACUUGUCAGUUCUUAAAGAUUCAAUAUGCUUAUGAGUUGCUGACAAAUCCCUUGUGGAAAAGAGAUUAUGACCUAUUUGGGAUUGAUGAUCAACUUCAUAUUCUUGAGAAUGCCAGCAAGAAUUGUGCUGGAAAACGCAUUUCGGAAUUGGAUCUCCCUCUACUAGAUGUCCCUCCUCCUUCUGGGCCUAUUGAUCAUUCUCAUAAAGUCAUUACCGCACUAGACUUCCAGUCUAUAUUUCCAGUUACAAAGCCAUGGCUAAUUCAGUUAUAUUCAUCGGGGAGCAAACACUGUGCUCAAUUUUCAGAAUCCUGGAAUAAAAUUGCUUCUCUAUUGCAUCCGUUUGCAAAUACUGGUAUGGUGGAACUUGGUGAGGUGCAAUUAGCUGUCUACCUAGCUGAUAAAAGAUCAACAGGAAAACCUUACUUCAGAAAUGGAAUUCCAUAUCUUCUUGCUAUUCCUCCCGGAUGCCGUGAUGUAAAAUGUUUUAGUAGGUUUGAUGGAGAGCUUACUGUGGACAAGGUUACAAAUUGGUUUGCAACAACUGUACUGGCUUUACCUCAAAUUAACUACUACUCGAAGGAGUCACUGGUGCCAAAACUUUUUGGAAAGAGUAGUCAUCAUAAGGUAAAAGUAAUCUUUUUCACAAAAUCUGGGGAACGUGCUGCUCCAUUUAUUCGACAAGCAGCAAAAGACUAUUGGGAUUAUGCUUCAUUCGCAUUCAUUCUUUGGCGGGAAGAGGAGUCUUCCUAUUGGAUGGGAGCAUUUGGCGUAGAAUCUGCACCUGCUGUCGUAUUUCUUAAAGACCCAGGUGUCAAACCUGUUGUGCACCAUGGUUCAGUAGACAAUUCAUUUUUCUUGAAGAUGAUGGAAAAUAAUAAACAGCAAGAGCUUCCUCAAUUAAGAAGUGUGACAUCAAUGGAGCUUGGUUGUGAUCCCCAUGGCUAUUCUCGUGCUGGAUAUGAUACAAUUAUUUGGUAUUGCGCUAUUGCAGUAGGAAGGCCAGGUCUUGCGCUGAACAAAAUGCGUGAAACUAUGUGCAGGGUCAAAGAAACAUUGUCUAAGCCUAAUGAGGCAGAUGCAUCAUCUGACAAUCAAACCUUAGCUCCAGCUGUGGAGGUAAUUAAAAGAAAGCGGUUGACGUUUGCUUGGCUUGAUGGUGAAAAGCAAAAGGAUUUUUGUCGAUUUUACCUUGGUCCGGCUAGCGAGCAGACUUGUGGACAACACACGGGCGUUGAUGAUAUUCCUCAGUUAUUUAUUAUUCGUUACCUGAGGAAUAGCAGUGCUAUGGAUACCAAGACACAGGAAAAACCGACAUGGAAAUCUCUGCUGAUGAAAGAUCUAGAGGGUGAACAUGAUCAAGCAGGCCAGUUUGUAGCUAGAUAUAAGGGUGCAAGUGAUAUCUCAGAGAUAAGCCAAUGGAUUGCAAGUAUAAUAAAAGAUGGUGACACAAGAGAAUUACCAUUCUUUACACUACGAACUCCAGCUCUUGUUCCAGAUGACAAAGAUCCUGGUUGGUCCAGAACUGCGCAAAAGGUUCCUUUGGAAAAUCUCAAGCAGAGGAUUCAGGGUGUUGUUAGAGGACUUUUGGUUUACCAAGAGGAUCCAAGAAUUGGUCCUUUCUUGCUUCUGGGAGCAUUAAUUUCUAUGGGUUCCAUCUGGUUCCGAAGGAACCAAGCUCAGACAUCUGAAUCAAAUCCACAAAGUCAACCAAGUUCUGAGGAACCUUCCCAGGAUGAAAGAAAUCAGAGACCAAGAGAUGGUCUCCGAAGGCGGCAAACUAAAGAUUCGACUAAAAAUCAGCAUCCUUCUAUGACGGAUUCGGAACCAAAGGGUGCUUAUCAAAUACCACUUUCAGAUUCUGAAUCUGAGUAGUUUCAACAUGGUUUCUCCUUGAAGGAAAGUAGCUUUUCAAGACACAGUGCUAUAUGGUCUGAACUCUAAUUAGGCUCCUAGUUGAAGCCUUUAGAACAUGAUACUAGGCUGUCAGCAUGUCAACUCGAGAUUAGGGCAUAUACUACUGAUGUCACGCUGAUUAGAAGCUAACUUGAUUUUCUUUGUACAUAGAUGUUAUUAAACUUUCCUGCUCCGAUCAUAGAAAUUUAUUUGAAUUUGCCGUUUCGAUUAAAACAUUUACUCACUCAAAUGGUUUA